AUGGACACUUUCAAGAGUUUGCUCUCCCCUCUUGGCAUGAGUACUGGUGCUAUCCAAGAUACCCUCAAAUUGGUCGUCAUUGGAGGCACAGUCGAGACUGCACGUCGCGCUUCGGUAUCAGCAUGGAACGGCUUCGUUGAUUCGUUCUUCCUCACCGCUCAUUUCAGCCAGGACGACUACCCGUAUGACUGGUUGAUGCAUUGGCUUGCCAAGCAACCGGCUUGGGGGAGAAGUCGUGAAUUCGAGAUCACCACUCGUUCAGUGAACCGCAAUGGGAUCACUCAGUCGACCACGGGUGACUUGGACGAAGAGGAAGAAGAGGAUGAUACCUUGGUCCACGGCCGGAGAAAGCGGAAAGUAGCGUUCAUGCCUAGCCUCGAUACCACUCAUACCAUCUAUUACCGUGGGCACUGGCUCAGAAUUACACGGACCAAACGCUAUCCGGAUUACGGUCAUGGCUGCUCUCUGAAGAUCAGCGUCGUCGCUCGCAAUAACGACAUCCUCAAGAAACUCGUACUGGAAGCGAAGCGGGAAUACGAGAAAGAUGCCGAGCAUCGUGUCCAUAUUUUCUUGGCUGAUACUACCUAUGGAUGUUGGAGAUGGAAUGGUGCGAGGCAAAAGAGGCCGAUGAGUUCAAUUGUCCUUCAACCAGGUGUAAAGGACAUGCUUCUCGCUGAUUGUAAGGACUUUCUGUGCUCGGAGGAGUGGUAUGCAGAGAGAGGCAUUCCCUUCAGGCGGGGCUACCUCUUGCAUGGUGUCCCUGGAAGCGGCAAGACUUCGCUCAUUCACUCCUUGGCUGGAGAGCUGGGUCUUGACAUCUAUGUUGUUUCAUUGUCGUCGAAAGGGAUGAGUGACAAUACUCUAACGACGUUAAUGGGGCAUGUUCCUUCAAGAUGUAUCCUCCUUUUGGAGGACUUAGACGCCGCAUUCACACGCUCAGUUUCACGCGACGCGAAUUCUACCGGUGCACCCACAGCUUCCACGUCAAAGGAGAGUAGCACCAGCACCACGGAGAAUACAGAUGGAUCUACUCUCAGUUUGAGUGGCCUUCUAAACAGUCUUGACGGAGUCGCCGCCGCGGAAGGCCGGCUUCUUUUCGCCACCACCAACCACAUCGAGCGAUUGGACCCCGCUCUCAGCCGACCUGGUCGCAUGGAUGUGUGGGUUAAUUUCACCCAUGCUACCAAGUGGCAAGCCGAGGGUAUCUUCAAGUGCUUCUUCCCGUACAAGCCAUCUACCGCCGCCACUGCCAAUGGUAAUGGAUCGAGCGCCGCCAAAGACACUUCCCAGCAAAACCUGCCCCUGCCGAAGCGCAAGCAUGUACAUGCCAUUCCUAUUCUGACAGAGGAGGAGAUCUCCGAGCUUGCUAAACGUUUUGCCGAAGCCAUUCCGGAGGAUGAACUUAGUGUUGCCAGUCUUCAAGGGUAUCUCUUGAAGAACAAGACUCGUCCACGCGAGUGUGUUGAAGAGGUCGCUGAAUGGGUGAUUCAAGAACGUGAGACCCGCGAGAAACUCAAGAAAGAGAAGGCUGAGCGCGAGGCUAAGGAAAAGAAAGAGGCUGAAGAAAAGGCGCAAAAAGAGAAAGAAGAGAAGGAAGCCAAAGAGAAAGAGGAAAAAGAGACGAAGGAGAAACUUGAGAGGAAAGAGCGCGCUGCAAAGGUCAAGAAGGCCCGCGCCGAAGUUGCAGCGAAGAGUGGUUCUUCUGCUGCCGCGUCGACCGCGUCUACUGAAACUACUCCAGCAGCCUCCGCAACGGCCGAAACAUCCGCUACCGCAGAAGCGACCUCGUCAUCAUCCUCCGAAGAGGAGACCAGCACCGGCGUCGAUGCCGACACCGAGGAGAGCGUCACCUCUGAGGAAGAGACUGAUAAGGACAAGGGGUCAAACGAGGAGAGCAAGAAGGAGAAAUGGGUCGCAGUCAAGCCAUCGAACACCGUUACCGCUACUACAUCGUCCGCUUCUACUCCCUCUCCCGCCGACGCCGACCCCGCAACAUAA